AUGGCUGAAGAGAACACUGGGGUUUCUGUGCCUGAAUUGGGCAAAACAGUGGAGGAAAGACCCAAAUGGGACAACAAGGUUCAAUAUCUUCUAACAUGUAUUGGAUUUGCUGUGGGAUUGGGGAAUGUAUGGCGCUUUCCAUAUCUGUGCCAGACAUACGGAGGAGGUGCCUUCCUAAUCCCUUAUUUUAUUGCGCUGAUCUUUGAGGGAAUCCCGUUACUGCACAUGGAAUUGGCAAUCGGGCAGCGCCUACGUCAAGGAAGCAUUGGGGUUUGGAAUUCUAUCUCGCCUUUCCUGGGAGGAGUGGGUAUUGGCUCUCUCAUAGUGUCUUUCUUGGUUGCUCUAUUCUAUAACACUAUUCUGGCCUGGGUCCUCUGGUAUUUCUUCCAUUCCUUCCAAGACCCUCUGCCCUGGAGAGACUGUCCACUGAACCAAAACAAGACAGGAUACAUUGAAGAAUGUGCUAAAAGCACACCUGUGAACUAUUUCUGGUAUAGAGAGACCCUCAAUGUUACACCUAAUAUUACUGAUAGCGGUGAUGUGCAGUGGUGGGUGGUUAUUUGCCUGGCAAGUGCCUGGGGCAUUGUAUACAUCUGUUUCAUCCGAGGCAUUGAAACUAUUGGAAAGGCUGUUUACAUCACUGCCACUUUCCCCUACCUUGUCCUCACCAUAUUUCUCAUCCGUGCCCUGACACUUCCUGGAGCAACUGAAGGCCUAGUGUACCUCUUCACCCCUAAAGUGCAAGUGCUAAAAGAUCCUAAAGUAUGGCUGGAUGCUGCCACCCAGAUCUUUUUCUCACUGUCUCUGGCCUUUGGCGGACUUAUUGCAUUUUCCAGCUAUAAUCCACAAAAAAAUGACUGUGAACGAGAUGCAGUGAUAGUUGGCAUGAUAAACAGUGCAACCUCGAUCUACGCAUCAAUCCCUAUUUUCGCUAUUCUUGGUUUCAAGGCAACUUCUAAUUAUAAUGACUGUCUAGAUGGAAAUAUCCUUUCAAUCACGAACGCGUUUAACAUUGGAGAUCAAAAUGUGACAAGGGAAAACUACGACAGCUGGUUGAAGCACCUGAAUACCACCCACUCUCAGGAAUUUGAAGAUCUGCAUCUGAAGCACUGCAGUAUUCAAGAAUUUCUUGAUCAGAGUGCUUCGGGUACUGGCCUGGCCUUUGUCGUCUUCACGGAAGCUGUGAUCAAGAUGCCAGGCUCUCAAGUGUGGGCUGUGCUCUUCUUUGUAAUGCUCUUCAGCUUGGGUCUAUCGUCCAUGUUCGGAAACCUUGAGGGAAUCCUCACGCCUCUGUUAGAUCUGCAUGUGGUGCCUAAAUGGUUGCCUAAAGAGGCUUUCACAGGGUUGAUUUGCUUGAUAUCCUUUUUCUUCGCCCUGAUUUUUACAAUGGGAUCUGGAAAUUAUUGGCUUGAGAUUUUCAACAGCUAUGUGGGAUCCUUGCCUCUUCUAAUUAUUGCCUUCUUUGAGAUCAUCGGCGUGGUUUACAUUUAUGGAAUUGGAAGAUUCAGUGAUGAUAUAGAAUGGAUGACUGGCCGACGCCCUAAUCUGUACUGGCAGGUGACCUGGAGAGUAAUCAGCCCUGGGAUGUUGCUGAUUGUGUUUUUAGCGUAUAUCACGGUGCAGGUUCAACAACCUGCUACCUAUGAAGCAUGGAAUCCUAACUAUAUUAACUUCCCUAUGACUGAAACAUUGGAUUAUCCCGGAUGGGUAUUUGCAAUCUGCAUUCUGCUGUCAUCCGUUCCCUGUAUAUUUAUCCCAAUUGUAGCCCUUUAUAGAUUUAUUCAGUGGAUAACGAGGAGAGUACGUCAAAGCCAGAAUCACAAUCCUUAUGAUAACCAUGCAUAUGAGUCUGAACUUCAGUGAAGUUAAAAGUAAUUUCUUUUUUUUUUCUUUUUUUAAGCCAUUUGUUUUAUAGACCAUAGGUGGUUGUACAUUUCACUUCCUGAGGUGGGAUCAUGUUUAGAGACUGA